GUGCCCUAAAGGUGAGCAGCUUUCUAUACAAGGUGAGCAUGUGACGACUCCCCUACUGCACCUUCAACCUCACUUCACCUGCACUGCCUUGCUCAACACCUUCAACUCAUCCUUGACCACAACUACAUCCACCUCUCCUUUGGACAAUUACGGGAAGGAACACAGAUACUUUUCACCAGACACUUCCUUCAUACUCAGCUUCAGCCGCUACCAUGCCGGGCAAAGGACCGUGGACCGAUGCCACAGACAGACAACUGCUCCUCACAAUCAUCCAUCUCACUGCCCCUCAGCUUCCCAAAUGGGAUGAGGUUGCCGGACUGAUGGGAGAGGGUUACACGGCAGAAAGUGUUCGCCAACACUUUCAAAAGCUACGCAAAGAUACCAAAGCCCAGUUCGGCGAGCCAACGACUCCGAACGGUAACCGCGCGAGUCCUGCCAAGUCAAUCGCACGCAAGCGUAAAGCGGGUUCGGAGGCCGAAGGCGACACGCCGACAGGCAAGAAGUUGACCGGCAAGGGCCGGAAGGGCAAGCACGCUGCUCAGGCGGGGUCCGAUGUCGACGCUGACGGGGAUGACGACGAGGAUCUGCGCAGCAGCCCGAGCAAGAAGGUCAAGGCGGAGGUGGGCGAUGGUGAUGAGCUCUUCAUGUGAGAGGUUGGAGUCUAGAUUUCGACGACGAAGCCGAGCCCAUGAGGUUGCACAUGGUGGACAGCGUCUUGAGCUGCCUUUCUGCGGGAAACAGAAUGGUGCAAAUCGCUAAGCAUGGAAUGCUCGAAGUUACUGCUGACAGCUCGGCACCUACACCGAUUUUCAGCUUUCAUGACA